AUGGGCGCUUUUCAAAAAACAGCACAAUGGAAAUGGUACCUUGGUGUGAGGAGGAAUGAUACUAUAUUAGAAAAAAAUCCUGAUACGCAAGCACAACUUUCGGGGGUGCAUGUAUUUGGGCUUAAUGCAAUAGAUGUGGAGAAAGAACGCGAGAGAAAGAAUCGAUCUUAUUCUUUUAAACUAUUUAACACAUUGGGCAAGUCCAUAAAAGAAAAACGUUCUCGCACAUUUUCAAAGCAAAUUGGUAUAGCCUUUAAAAAUGAAAUUCACAAAUUCUAUAAUCCAAUAGAUCAACUCAUUCUACAAGAACUUCGAUUUAAUGUUCAAGAAAAGAACUAUGUGGUUGAUUAUCAUAAUAGAAAUAGAGAUAAAAAAAAUAACCAUAUUGAAGCAGUUACGGAAAUUGUUGACUAG